AUGUCAUGGAUUAAGGAAGGCGAGUUAAACCUGCUCGAGAGGAUUUCAGCCAAUAUCCUCAAGGCAGGACCCAUGCCUAAACACGUGGCCUUCAUCAUGGACGGCAACCGUCGCUUUGCACGCAGAAAGAACAUGGAGCGCCAAGAGGGUCACAUGCAGGGCUUCAACAAAUUAGCAGAGACACUUCGUUGGUGCAAGCAUCUGAACAUCCCCGAAGUAACGGUGUACGCUUUCAGCAUUGAGAACUUCAAGCGCACUAAGGAUGAAGUGGACGGCCUCAUGGAACUGGCCAAGCAGAAAUUUGAAAAACUUUUGGAGGAACGGGAGAAUCUGGAAAAACACGGCGUUUGCAUCCGGGUGCUGGGUGACUUGAACCUGCUGCCACUGGACCUCCAGCAGCUCAUCGCCAAAGCGGUGCUCGCCACGCGAACUCACAACAAGUGUUUUUUGAAUGUGUGUUUCGCCUACACGUCACGAUAUGAAAUGACUAACGCGGUGCGAGAGAUGGCCUGGGGGGUGGAGCAAGGACUGAUUGAAGCCAGCGACGUAUCGGAGGCGUUGCUGAGCGAAUGUCUGUACAGCAACAACUCUCCCAAUCCCGACCUUCUCAUCCGGACCUCAGGCGAAGUGCGCCUCAGUGAUUUCUUACUCUGGCAGACGUCCCAUACGUGUUUAGUAUUCCAGUCGGUUCUGUGGCCUGAGUAUUCCUUUUGGAACUUGUGUGAAGCAAUUCUCCAGUAUCAAGUCAACCACAAAUCCAUUCAGAAUGCGCGGGACGUCCAUAGAGAACAUCAAGCACUGCAGCAGAUGGAGGCAGACCGCGCCCGUGCCGCCCAGCACCUACAGCGCCAUGGCAACGGCAGACCCGCCGAUGCCAGUCGUCGACAGGAAGCAGUGUCGAGUUACGCCGCCCAACGCCAAGAGCGAGUGCGCAACUUUCUGGAGGCGCUCACGCAAAAGCGGGACUCUUUCUAUACCGAUUUGCACGACGGCAUGUCGGCUUAUUAG